CGUGUAUAUAAUACACGUUUCAUUGACGGAUCUGUGGUCUGUGAUCCAAAAACAUAUUUUGAACCUUAAGAGUCCCUGUAGAUGCCAGCUGUAUUUUUUUAUCACGUGGUGAGGAAGAGCGGACUCUCCUUCGUUUGGUUUCCAGCUCUUCUGAAUUCUGAAAGGUGAAGAUGGCUGAGGUAUCAGACAGGACGCUGCAGGUUGCAGUGCUAGUUUCCUUUGCAACCGGUUUUCUUGCAGGAUGGCAAGCCAACAGAAUUAGAAGGCGGUUCCUGGAUUGGAGAAAGAAAAGACUACAAUCCAAACUUGCUGAAACGCAAAAGAAACUGGACCUGUCAUAAAAAUGAAACUUAAACUCAGUCCUCGUGCUUAGUUAAGGUCAUACAAGCUUUGUGAACAAACUAAAAACAACUGAAAACAACUGAAAAUGGACGAAAACAUGCAACCUUUAAACAGUAUUCACAGAGAAUCUACAACAUGGAACAAUUCAACCUUUUUACACAAUAAUGUUUAUGAAAAAGGAAAAUGUUGGAGCCAUAGACUUCACCAAGUCCUAAUAAAAAUAUGUUUUUGUAAAGUACAAAAGAAAAUGCUGUUUUUGAAACUGAAAUGGUAUGUUUUGUGUAAUUAUUGAAAAACAUGAAAUAUUUUGUUAGAUUGCCUAUUGUUUCAUAAAUGUGCCUCGGAAUGAAAUUAUAUUCAAACCAAAAAAAAAAAAGAGAAAUUGUUUCUUUUUUUAUUUGUAUACUAUUUUUGUGAAUUGACCAUUUUUACAUAACAGUUGUAUAUGGAUAUAUAAAUAAAUAUACAUCUUUCAGGUGAGCCCACGUAUAAGUAUAAUAUUACAGUAAACUUCAAGCUAAAUAUUUUAUAAUGUUGUAUCAACAUAGCUGUCUCCAGAUGGUUCCACAGCAUCGACUAAUUGAAUGACGUGUUAAAAGUUUUAUCUUGGGGAAACUUGGGCCAAAUGUGUUAAAACUAUGCAUGGCAAUAAACAUAUUGUGACACAUGAUUAGCUGAGCUCUUAAUGCUAUAAAUUGGGAACCACUGUCUGAUUUCGAUGAAACUAUGCAUGCAGGUAUUGAUACAAAAUGCUUUUCUAUGAUACUGACAUCAGUACUGUGUUUACUGAAACACGUUUUAAG